ACAAAGAUUUGUUAUCAUAAGAAUUUGUUUUUUGAAAAGAACUGAGGCAUAAACAUGCAAAGUCUACAUUAUUAAAAAAUAAUUUCCAGUAGAAUGUAUUUUACUGUGUAAAAACAAGAAAGUACAGCUGUUGACAUUCAAUAUCACCAUACGGAACGUGAUCCUCAACUGGGUAUUUGCGAUAACACAUCUCCAGUUGACCAAGGAAGCAACCCAUCUGGUUCUGUUAAUAGAGAAGGACACACAACAAAAUCUUCUGGAAAGAGACAAAUGGAAUAUUUUCAAGGAAUGAAGCAGAAGUUCCUUGCAUAUAUAAAUACUAACAACGAAGGACUUAUUUUUAAUCGCAAAGAAUUCAUCAUAUACAUAAUCUUCCUUGUGUUGGUGAUGAUAGGAACAUACGUGAAGACAGACAACAUGAACUAUUGGUUCACAAAACAUGCAGAUGAUUUGAUUGCAAAAAAACAGUUUGAAGAUGGUAUUAGAGAAACAAACUUCAAAGACUUAUCACACAUAAGUCAUUUCUGGAAGGUAUGCAUUUAA